AUGGUAGAGGUAGAGACAGAGAUGCACUUUUUCCUCUACUGUGACACGUUCUCCUUCAGUGACGUGACCCGUAACGUUUUGCAGUAUGAACACUCUGGCCUCUCCACCGACGAGGACGCCAUCACCUUCACCGUUACCGACGGCUUCUCCAUGACGACGGCGGUGGUACAGGUGGUUGUGUUGGGCGUCGGGGGCGACGGGCCCAGGAGAGACCCAGAGGCCCUGCUCUCCAUGGAGGUUCCUGAGAACAGUACUAGUGUCAUCAGACGCACACACCUGGGUUAUACGAGCGACACCUCUCCAGACGAGAAGAUACGUAUUCAGCUGGUGUCAGUUCCUAUGUACGGCAUCCUGAGCAGGACAGGGUCAGACUCAGACCACCAGGAGAUGACAGAGUACUCCUCAUUCACCGUGGACGACGUCAACAAACACCGGAUCAGCUACAUCACUUCCUUUGAGAUAGGAAAUCAGCCGGUGACGGACAUCUUCCAUUUCAUUGUUUACGACGGUGAGAACAAUCGCCUUGACAACCAGAUGUGUACCAUCACCAUCACCUCCAUGAAGAGACAGCCUCCAGUGGUCACUGUCCGCAGUGGCAUCAAGGUCCAGGAAGGAGGAAGAGUCCAGCUGUCAACCAAUCACAUCAUUGUAUCAGAUCUGGACACACCCAAGAAGGACCUGCUGGUGUGGAUGAUCAGCGCGCCCAAAUAUGGCUUCAUUGAGAACACGAGACGAAGAGGUGUCGGUUCAAAUACCCGCAUCAUCAGUCCAGAGGUUCCCUUCUCCAUGGACGACCUGACCACUGACCACAUCUUCUACGUUCAGAACGUCCAGAACACUGACCACCACUACCAGGACACCUUCUCCUUCUACAUCAGUGAUGGGUCCAGUCAGACAGAGGCCUUCUAUGUCAACAUAGAUAUACUGCAGACUAAAGAGGAGAUGGAGCCGGUGGUAUCAGUGAACAGAGUUCAGGUGGAGCAGAACUCAGGAGUGGUGAUCACUAACUCCUCUCUCAACGUCCUGGACCAGGACACACCAGACAACGACAUCAUCAUCACCGUCACCAAGCAACCUGCCUACGGCAAGCUGCGUAGACGGCAGUUCUACUCCCAGCCUCUGGAGAACGGUCGGAUCCUGUCUCAGGGGUCCACAUUCACCUACCAGGACGUGUUGGAUCUGCUUCUGGUGUACACCCCUGACGCGGCCAGCGGGGGCAGUGACGAGCUAGCCUUCUCUCUGACCGACGGCAUCCACAUUACCACCGGACGGCUCACCUUCACCAUAGACGUCAGGAAGAGUGAAGGACCAAGGAUGACUGUGAAUAGAGGCUUGCAGCUGGCCGCAGGCUCAGCGGCUAAGAUUACCGAGCAGAACCUGAAGGGAUCAGAUUCAGACUCAGAUAGCCUGAAGCUGAGGUACAUCCUCACCAAAGACCUUCCAUUAGGAAGACUACAGCUUUCUAAAGAAGACGGAGGAGGACAGGACAAGAUGUCUGUUAAAGGACCUGUCAAGAGCUUCACACAGGAGGAUGUCAACAAAGGUCUUUUGGAGUACAGUCAUGAGAAGGGAGAGAAAGGAGGGAGUGUCUCCUUCAAGUUCAACCUGGUGGAUCCAGAGGGCAACAAACUGAUCGACCAGUCUUUCUUCAUCAGUGUACUAGAGGACCACCUGCCCCCCUCUGUGGUAAUGAAUAAAGGUCUGGUGGUUGAUGAGAACUCAGUGAAGAAGCUGACUACUCUCCAGCUGUCAGCUACAGACCAGGACAGUGAGCCUGGAGAACUGGUGUACCGCAUCACCAAGCAGACUGCACUGGGACACCUGGAGCACGCCAGCACCCCAGGAACACGCAUCACGUCCUUCUCCCAGGCUGACCUGACCUCCCGCAGUGUCCAGUACGUUCACACCAGCGAAGAAGAGAAGCAUGCAGACCAGUUCUCCUUCAUCGUGUCUGACGGCGCUAACGAGGUUGCCCAGACGUUCUACAUCACCAUCCGGCCGGUGGAUGACUCCCUCCCCCUGCUGGUGGUUCCUGGGAUGAGGGUUCAGGAGGGGGUCAGGAAGACCAUCACUGAGUUUGAACUGAAGGCCACCGACGCUGACACAGAGGAGGAGUCCAUCACCUUCACCAUAGUCCAGGCCCCCCGUCACGGCACAAUUGAGCGGACCAACAACGGACAACACUACCGUCAGACCAGCAGCUUCACCAUGGAUGACGUCUACCAGAACAGAAUCAGCUACAACCACGAUGGAUCCAACUCACUGAAGGACAGAUUCACCUUCACUGUAGCUGACGGGACUAACGUCUUCUUUAUGGUGGAGGAGGCAGGCAAAGAGGUGUUGACGGCUGCACCACAAAAGUUUAAGAUAGACAUUCUGCCAGUGGAUGAUGGAACACCUCGUAUCGUCACAAACCUGGGACUGCAGUGGCUGGAGUACAUGGACAACAAGGCCACCAACCUGAUCAGUAAGAAGGAGCUGUUGACCAUGGACCCAGACACCGAUGAUGGCCAGCUGGUCUAUGAGGUCACAGCAGAGCCUAAACACGGCUUCCUAGAGAGCAAACUAAAACCUGGGGCUCCUAUCACCUCCUUCACACAAGCUGACGUUAACCUGGGCUUGAUCCGCUACGUGCUCCAUGAGGAGAGCGUGACAGAGACCAUGGACAACUUUAAGUUCCUGGUGAAGGACAGCAAGCCUAACGUUGUCUCUGAUAACCUCUUCCAUAUCCAGUGGUCCCUCAUCAGCUUCCAACACAGGAGCUACAAUGUGAGUGAGAAGGCUGGCACGGUGUCAGUCACAGUGAAGAGGACGGGCAACCUGAACCAGUAUGCCAUCGUGCUGUGUCGUACGGAACAGGGCACCGCCACCUCGACCUCCAGUGUGGGCUCUCGUCCCGGGCAGCAGGACUACGUGGAGUACGCUGGACAGGUCCAGUUUGACGAGCGGGAGGACACCAAGGUGUGUACCAUAGUGAUCCAGGAUGACAAGGUGUUUGAGGGCGUGGAGAGUUUCCAGGUGGAGCUUAGCAUGCCCGUCUAUGCCCUCCUGGGUCAGGUGACCCAUGCCAGCGUCAACAUCAACGACACAGAGGAUGAACCCACGUUGCAGUUUGACAAGAAGAUUUACCACGUCAACGAGAGUACUGGCUUCAUACACGCCCCCAUAGAGAGGAAAGGUGACACCAGCAGUACAGUCUCAGCUCUCUGUUACACGGUCCCUAAGUCAGCUAAGGGUAGCAGUCUACACGGCCUGGAGUCUGGGUCUGACUAUAAGAGUCGAAGUAUGACUGGUGACAGCAGGGUCAUCUUCGGCCCCGGCGUCUCCAUGUCCACCUGUGACGUCAAGCUCAUUGAUGACAGCGAAUACGAACUCUCAGAGGAGUUUGAGCUCCACCUAUCAGACGCCUCGGAUAACGCCCGCAUGGGUGAUGUUAAAGUGGCAAAGGUGGUCAUUGACGGGCCAAAUGAUGCUUCAACGGUAUCCCUGGGCAACGCUACGUUUACGUUCAGCGAGGACGCUGGCACCAUAGAGAUUCCGGUGUUGCGGCAGGGGAGUGACCUGUCGUCAGUGACCUCUGUGUGGUGUGCCACGCGCCCCUCGGAUCCCCCCUCCGCCACCCCCGGGGUCGACUACAUCCCCUCCUCCAGGAAGGUGGAGUUCAAAGCUGGCAAGACUAUGGAGACGUGCAGUCUGACCAUCAUGGAUGACAUUCAGAACCCAGCCAUUGAGGGGGCGGAGUCUUUUGUAGUGUUCCUCUCCUCCCCUCAGGGGGCGGUGCUCCUCGAACCCUUCGAAGCCUCCGUGGUCAUCACUGAUACCUUGGAUCUACCCAGCAUGCAGUUUGAGAAGACGGCGUACAAGGUGAAGGAGAAGGAGGGAGUGCUGAACAUCUCCAUCGUUCGAACGGGAGACCUGACGGUCAAGUCCUCUGUCCGCUGCUUCACGCGCACCAUGUCUGCCAUGGUCAUGGACGACUUUGAGGAGAGGAGGAACACAGACGACUCACGUAUCGCCUUCCUCAAGGGAGAGAAGGUUAAAAACUGCACGGUGCACAUCAAUGACGACUCUGUGUUCGAGCCAGAGGAGGAGUUCCAGGUGCAUCUUGGGACGCCGCUGGGGGACCACUGGAGCGGGGCCAUGGUGGGAGUUAGUGACGUCGUCACGGUAACCAUCACUAACGACGAGGACGCACCCACCAUAGAGUUCGAGCAGACGUCCUACCAGGUGCGGGAGCCCCCCGGGCCAGACGGCAUCGAGGUGCUUAACAUCAAGGUGGUCAGGACAGGAGACCAGGACCGCACCUCCAAGGUCCGCUGCAGCACCCGGGACGGAUCAGCCCAGUCCGGAGUGGACUAUAACCCCAAGAGCAGGGUCCUCAAAUUCACCCCUGGCAUGGACCACAUCCUGUUCAAAGUGGAGAUUCUGUCCAAUGAGGACAGGGAGUGGCACGAGUCCUUCUCAUUGGUCCUCGGUCCUGACGACCCGGUGGAGGCAGUGCUUGGAGAGAUCACCACGGCAACAGUCACCAUCCUGGACCAGGAAGCAGCAGGGAGUCUCAUUCUCCCGGCCACGCCCAUCGUGGUAUCUCUGUCAGACUAUGACAACGUGGCUGAGGUGUCUAAGGAGGGCAGUAAGAAGCAGCCGUCGCCUGGCUACCCCUUGGUGUGUGUGACGCCCUGUGACCCGCACUACUCCAAAUACUCUGUGAUGAGGGAGCGCUGCAACGAGGCAGGCAUCAACCAGACCUCUGUUCACUUCUCCUGGGAGGUGGCUGCCCCUACAGACACCAACGGGGCCAGGUCACCCUUCGAGACAGUCACUGAUACCACACCAUACACUGGUGUUAACCAUAUGGUCCUGGACAGUAUCUAUUUCUCUCGGAGGUUCCAUGUUCGCUGUGUGGCCCAGGCCCGGGACAAGUCCGGCCAUCUUGGAACACCCCUGAGGAGUAACAUAGCAACCAUCGGCACCGAGGGUUCCAUAUGCCACACCCCUGUUACCACGGGAACAGCCCGAGGGUUCCAGGCCCAGUCGUUCAUCGCCAGUCUGAAGUAUCUGGAUGUCAAACACAAGGAGCACCCCAACCGUAUCCACAUCUCUGUGCAGAUCCCCCACCAGGACGGUAUGCUGCCCCUAGUGUCCAGCAUGCCCCUCCACAACCUGCACUUCCUGCUGUCAGAGUCCAUCUACAGACAACAGCACAUCUGUUCAAACCUGGUCACUCUCAAAGACCUGCAGGGGGUCUCUGAGACGGGUUUCCUGGAUGAUGUCCAGUAUGACAGUAUCUCUCUGGGUCCGGGUUAUGACAGACCCUACCAGUUCAACCCCAGUGUCCGAGAGGCUAAGAGCAUCCAGCUGUACAAACACCUCAACCUGAAGAGCUGUAUCUGGACCUUUGAUGCCUACUACGACAUGACGGAACUCAUAGACGUCUGUGGAGGCUCCGUCACUGCCGACUUCCAGGUGCGUGACUCGGCCCAGUCGUUCCUGACGGUGCAGGUUCCUCUCUACGUGUCGUAUAUCUACGUAACAGCUCCCAGGGGCUGGGCCUCUCUGGAACACCACACUGAAAUGGAGUUCUCUUUCUUCUACGACACCGUGCUCUGGAGGACAGGCAUCCAGACAGACAGCGUCCUGUCAGCCAGACUCCAGAUCAUCAGGAUCUACAUAAGAGAAGAUGGCCGUCUGGUCAUCGAGUUCAAAACACACGCCAAGUUCAGGGGCCAGUUUGUCCCCGAGCACCACACCCUGCCUGGGCACAAGUCCCACCUGAUGGCCCCGGACCACCUGGGGGGGAUAGAGUUUGACAUGCAGCUCAUCUGGAGCGCCCAGUCCUUUGAUUCUCCCUACCAGCUCUGGAAGGCCACCUCCUCUUACAGCAGGAAAGACUACUCUGGAGAGUACACAGUGUUUCUGAUCCCCUGUACCGUGCAGCCAACCCAACCAUGGACCGACCCUGGAGACAAGCCUCUGUCCUGCACAGCCCACGCCCCAGAGAAGUUCCAACUACCUAUAGCCUUCCAGCAGACCAACCGACCGGUGCCUGUCGUGUACAGCCUCAACACAGAGUUUCAGCUGUGCAACAAUGAGAAGGUGUUCAUGAUGGACCCGGCCGUCGCUGACAUGUCCAUGUCUGAGAUGGACUACAAGGGAGCCUUCUCUAUGGGCCAGACAUUGUAUGGCAGAGUGCUGUGGAACCCGGAGCAGAACCUGAACUCAGCCUACAAGCUGCAGCUGGAGAAGGUGUACCUGUGUACGGGACGGGAUGGAUAUGUGCCCUUCUUCGACCCCACAGGGACUCUGUACAACGAGGGCUCUCAGUACGGCUGCAUCCAGCCCAACAAACACCUCAAACACAGGUUCCUGAUCCUGGACCGGAAGCAGCCUGACAUCUGUGACAGGUACUUCCAUGACGUUCCCUUCGAGGCUAACUUUGCGUCGGAUAUCACCGAACUACAGACCAUGACAGCCAUACCUGGUGUUGAUGGAUUUACCAUGAAAGUUGAUGCCCUGUACAAGGUGGAGGCGGGGCAUCAGUGGUACCUUCAGGUGAUCUACGUGAUUGGUCCAGAGUCCAUAUCCGGCCUCAGGAUUCAGCGCUCUCUGACCUAUCAGCUCACCCACAGCAGCGGCGGGGGGCGGACUCGCCGGGACCUGGUCGAUCAGCUGAGCCAAAGCAUUGGCCACAGCCGUGCUCGCCGGGACCUUGUUGACCACAGCGGACGUCUCACUCUAGACCAGUCUCUGAUAUAUGACAACGAGGGUGACCAGACGAAGAACGGAACCAACAUGAAGACUCUCCGCCUCGAGGUCCCCGCUGCCUCAACCUUUAACCCCCAGAUGGGCGGUUCGGUGGGCGGGGGCGUGGCCGCACUAACCCUAUUGGUCCUCGUCCUGCUGGCUUCAUGUUUACUCUUCAGGAAGUGCCGACGAUCGGCUGGGAAGAAGCCGUCCCAGAUGGCGGAGGAGUACCCUCUGAACACCAAAGUAGAGGUGUGUUUGGAGAGGACCCUGGAGAAGAACUUCAGCUCCAAACACUGCACCGUCAGGAACAUCAACAUCAACCGGAACUACGACAACGUCAACUCCAAGGUCAACAGAGGCGCAAAGGUCAACGGAGGGGCGAAAGUCAAGCAGGUCAACCUGGAGGUCAAGCUCCAUAACAACCUCCACAACGACGGCACCGAGGUCUGAGGAUCCCCUCCACCUCCCACCAUUGUUUACCCCGGCGAGAUCAUUUCCCAGGUGGGGUGCCGACGUCCAACUAGUAGAAGUAACAGUUCUACUCAAGGGGAGACAUCUACCGGAGUGGAGGAGUAUUUUAUGAGACAUCUAACAGAGAUGUAGUUUUCUAAAAAGCGUUUGUUUGUACUUAUGGAAUAAAAUAUUGUUUGUUAAUGUAUUUUUAUAUGACCGUGAUGAGAGAUAGAAGUAAAAAGGGAAGCGUUGUUUUUGACGGCCAGCUAUGCAGCGUUUAUUCAAAUAAUUUCAAAACUGGGCUACCUCAGGAAUAGGGAAACGAGUGAACAACUAUCGAACUAUGGCGUUAAAACAUGACUGAUUGUGUCGUUAUUUGAAACUAUUUGGGUCUCUUUCGUUUUUUUUCUUCUUGUUUUCAACUUGUCAUCGUUGUUGAACGACUAGAGGGUUUGGAAUAAGUCAAGGGAAAUCCGAUGCCUUGUUUUUCGCUUUAUGUUUCCAUGACAACAACAACGCCAAAAUGAUCAACGUAUGGUAGCUCAGGCACUUUGCUCCAGCUUGUCUUGAAUAAUUUGAAUAGUUCAGAUAUAGCUCGGCUGCAUUAUUUAAUCGCAGUGCCAUAAUAUGACAACUAUGAAAGUAUUAAACACAGCCAGGACCCCAAUCCUAACUCCACUUUCGUUCGUCAUUCAUUCAUUUCAAUGGAAGAUUUGCACAAAAACUUUAGGAUACAGGCCUACAGCGUGUUAUAGUCUUCUGCCCACAACUGAAUGAGUAGUGUUGUAAAUGAUAUAUUUUCAAGUGCAAUUAAACCAUGAACACACUCUCUCCUCAAACUAAGUUCUCUGCAUGUGGAACUAAGAUCCAGCCUAGUAAUAUGGUGUGUCUGAAAUGACACCCUAUCCCCUAUACCAGUGUUUCUCUAUUCCAGUACCCCUAACAGCCCAACUCCAGUCCUCCAGUCCCCCAACAGCCCAACUCCAAUCCUCCAGUACCCCCAACAGCCCAACUCCGGUCCUCCAGUC